UGGAGCAGACGGCUGGUCGGCGGCGUUCCAGCUUCAAGCAGCGCUACUCCGGUGGCCGGCGGCCAACCGCCGACGGUGGGUUACGAAGCCAACUCUGGCGGCCACUAGCUAUUCCACCUUUCUUCCUCCCCUCCCCCAACGAGGUGAUUCACUUAUUCCCCUGUUCUUUUGUGGUGAUUUCCCUUGCCGUUUGCUCUUGUACGUGGAGAUGCACUAGAUCUGAAAUACUCUGUAUCAAAUCUUAGAUCCUUUUGCUUUUAGGUUACACGAAUUUGGCCUGGAUGUAGAAAUUUGACCGAUAUCCUGAUUGUUUAGAUUGUGCAUGCAAGUUUUUUCUAGAUAUAUAAAUUGAUUGAUAUCCUCCUGAUUUUGCUUUUAGAUAUGACGCAUGUAUUAAUCUUUUGCUAAUUGGUUCUGAAGGAAUGUGCAAAAUCUGAAGCAGACAACUUUUUCUGACUGUAGAUUCUCCUUGUAGUCCAUGUAAACAAAUUUUCCUGACUGUAUAAACUAUAUAUGCCAAAUCUGAAGUAUUUUUUCCUGAACAAUUUGACUGAAGUGCAUUCUUAAAUCUUUAAAGACAUGCUUGCCCUGCAACAAGAUGAAACGGCUUUGGUCCAAGCAUAUUGUGGCUGCAAUAUUAGUAUGCAGAGAGAACAUUGAUUUUAAUAACUGAUUUGUAUUGUUUUACUUAUUUCUUUUCUCAGAUGGACAUCAAUCAACAACAUUUUUACUAUAUGUUCAGGCAGCGGGCUUUAGGCGUGCUUGUUCUUUCCUUAGCUCCGUGGUGUAGAAACAUAAAUCGCCGAAGAGGUAGAGGUAGAAAAUAUGGUCCAUUAGUUGAAAGAGACAUCCAUAGAAGUAGUGCACUGAUUAGGCUUAUUGAUGCAUCGGAUGCAACAUGCAUCAAUCAACUAGGGAUGUCUCGAGCCGUAUUUUACAAGUUAUGCACUAGGCUAAGACGGAAAGGGUUGUUAUAUGACACUUUUCAUGUUUCGGUGGAGGAACGAGUUGCAAUGUUUCUAUACAUGGUGGGUCAGCAUCACACAAAUUCAUCCGUUGGAUUUUGGUCUUGGUGAUCCGGUGAAACAGUGAGUAGAUAUUUCAAUGCUGUCUUGCAUUCAAUGGGUGAAUUAGCACGUGAUCUCAUUUAUAUUCGAUCAAUGAAUACACACACAAAGAUCACAGACAACCCGAACAGAUUCUACCCAUACUUUGAGAAACAAGUGGUCAACUAUCUUACUAAACCGAUCAGGUUCUUCCAUCAAUUGCAAGAGUUGUUCUCAGACCAGUCCCAUGCUGAUGGUUCACUUGCAGCUGACCAAACCACUGUUAAUGUGGAUGAUGAUAGUGAUGACAAUGAGAAAGUUGAAGGUUAUCCCAUUCCAAUGGACAGUGAUGAAGCUGACUCCGACACCAUUGGUUGCCAAAGUCCUCGAGUUGACUUGGAUGGCAAGCCAUCGAACAAGAAGCGCAAGCGUGUCACGUCAUCACCUCACAAGAAACCAACUAAGGGCAAAGCAAACAGCAAGAGCAAGGUACGCGAUGAUGAGAUGGCAUCGAGUAUUAAGAGGCUAGCAGACUCUCUUGUAGCCCCUCCUGUCCCUGUGCAACCAGUGCCACCUCCAGAUCCUUAUGCAAAUCUUUGGAAGAGAAUAAAUGCUCUCCCUUUCACAGCGAAGGACAAACUUGAGAUUGCAGCCCAUCUGUCCAAGCCAGACCAAGAUGUUUUCCGUAGUUACCUCAACCAAGCCGACGACGCACUGCUGUCAGAGUGGGUCAUUACCUAUUUUGAGCGUCAGGAUGGUGGUGGUAAUGUGGUUCCGUUCUUUCCUAAAUUGUCAGAAGUUCACUAAGCUUUGUUGGCAGCAUUUUGUUUAUAUCACUAUCAAUAUUAGCACCUAGUAGUGGUCAGGAACUCACAGUAGCUUUAAUAUUUUGUCUAUAUGUGGUCAGACUAACUAGGAUAUGCUCUAAUUAAGUGGUCUCAUAUGGGUAUCAUAGAGGCUCAGGUAGUAUGUGAACUCCAUUUUGUCUCAUGGAUGAAUGACCAUGGAUGGGUUGUAUCUAACAAUAUAUUAUGUGUGAACUAUGUUGUCCUGAAGCUUUAUAUCAGUCUUGCACUCUUGCUUGCAAUGUUA